UGGCGUUCGCCGCGAAUCGCAAAACACUUUUCGGGGGGCCUCGAAACGAGACCAUGAGAGAAUGCAUCACCGAACAAUUGAAAUAUUUUAACUUAUAAUAAUAAUAAAAAAAAAAAAAAGAAAACACGGUGUACAGAUACAAAAAGGCUACUCUGACUGAGAGAAAAAAAAAUGCUACACAAGUCUUCCUGUAUAUAUUUUAUAAAAAGAAAUUGUCCAUGAGAAGAAAACGAAACCACAAGGACACAACGACGGGUCCAUUAAUCUGAUCUCAUUGAUUUUGAAUUUUUUUUCGUUUUUAUAUUCCCUCUUUAUAAUAAAUAUACAUAUAUGUAGAAAACUAAAUGUCGUGCAGAGAUAGAAAUAAUUGUGGCAAGUUGACACUUGAGUAUUAAUGUUAGGAAUUAAAGUGUCGGAACCGUGUCGAAAUUGUUGGCCACUAAAUGAGAAUCAAUUCCUUAAAUUUUCAAAAACAGACAAAAGCGUCUUCCUUUAAUCUUAAUUGACACGACGACGUUAAGUCACAGAAAAAGAGGAAUGACGACUGGAUAAUUCGAACCAAUCAAAACAAUCAAUGAAUCAGAUUAUUUGAAUGCAUUGCAGUGUGCCAUUUGACAUUUUUUUCACGCAUGGAAAAUUUGCGAAUUGGCCAACUACCAGAUGAUCGUGUGCGCCCCAUUGGAAUCUCGCAGGCAUCUUGAAAGCAAAAAUAACUGUUACUCCUCCAAGUGAAAGUAAUGCAACCCUUUUCAUUUUGAAUCAUCAUGAACCAAAAAGGACAAAAAUGUUUCUUUCAAUUCUGAAUCAAUUACGAAUUUUACAAUCAAGUAUAAUCAAACAAAUUCUAGGAAAAAGUUCUUCUAAAGUUAUCUUAAUUUUGUUAUUACGAUUUUGAUUUCAUAAUUUCGAUUUGUAUUUUUUUGUGUUCUCUACGUAUUUUUUUGUCAUCUAUAAUAUUAAGUUGUAAUAAAAUGACAAUGAGUUUUAAUAAAAACAAAAAUUCAUGCAAUCUGUGAUUUUGUGUUAUAAGAAGUAUUGAAAAAUGACGUUCCAGAAUUAAGGAUUCAUUUACAAUUAGCAUCAUCGAGAGAUUGUGAUCGAGUGAUUAAGAAUCAUUUUCAGUCAAAUGACAACUGAAAUUCCGGAAUUCGAUUUUAAAAAUCAACGGCCAAUUUAUCUAAAAAUUUCCCAUUAAGAUCUAUAUCAAAUGAUUAAAAAAGUAACCAGCGAUUAUGAUUUACCAAAGAAUAGAAAACAAUAAUUAAUUAAAUUCUAGAAAUUUUACAAAAUAAUAAAAUUUGACAAAAAUUAAAAUGAUUAUAUUAAGAUCCAAUUCAAGAUUCAAAUCUAUUAAAUGAUUAUCAGGAAAAAAAUUAAAAGCUAAGAAUAAUUACCAAACAAAUACGUUUCACUAACGAUUAAGUUUUUUUAACAAAAAGUAUUUACCAAUUAUCAUUAUCAUCUACCAAUCAAAAACUAAACAAUCAAAUUCUGUUCCAUUAUCAUUAUAUAACGACAAAAAAAAAUCAUAUCAUGUUGAAGAUCAUGAAACAAUUAAUUUAAAUCCCAAAAAGAUGUCUUACUGCAGGAUCACAGGUAGAAGUAGAGGUCUUCCAAAACCAAAUUACUUUCCCCUAUUACCACCAAUAAGUCCAGCUGAUGCAAAACGUUUUUGUCGCAUCACUGGUAAAUCCUAUGGAUUACCAACUCAUCACUACAUUCCGGUUCUUUUGGGUGUUCACACGCACGACAAAUCAAAAUGUAAAAUUACCAGUUCCUCAUCAGGACAAGGUCAACAUCAUUUCACUGGUGGUUUAAUUCUUGGUGAAAAGAAAAAACAUGUCGUUUUAAAAGACUAUCGCUAUAUAUUUCCAAUUUUGGAAGGUGAAGGUGAACAACAGAAAGCCCUACGUGAAUUACUCACAGCAAAAGAAACAUCACCCGAAGAGGAACAAUGUAAUUUUGUCUAUACAGUGGGUGAGAGAAGAUGUAGCCUUGUUUUUCCAGCGCGUCUUGAAGCUGCCGUACGCGAUGGUGAUGUGCGCGAUGUAAUGCUUUCAAGAGAUUGCGAUACCGUUCUACUUAGAUUGAAACAAGGUAAAAAUGUUGCAGUUGAUUUUAAGGAUUUAGACAAUUUCAAUGAACUUUACGAUGGAUUUGGACCACGUGAUGAUGUUAUCAAGGAGAGGGAAAAACAGGAAUCGGAAGUAAAAAAGAAAAAGAGAAAACGACAAUCGGGUUUGAACUAUGCUAAAAAAAUUUUCGAAGAUAAAGAAAAAGCAGCCGAGGAGGAGGAACUAAAAACAGCGAAACAAUUGAAGCUAAGAAGUAUAAAAGAAGAGAAAGAUGAUAAAUUAGUUGAUUGGAAGCAUGUCGAUAUUGGACAUGCGAGAUCAAGAGGAAGUUUAGUCAUGUCUUCCGGUGAAUGGAGAGACUGGAUAAAACCUCUAAAUCAAUCUUGCGAUUGGACGACUUUUGGCAAUAAUGGAAUCAUUCAAGAAGGCAUUCCAAUUGUUGAUCAAAUCCCAGAACCUGUCAAUGUUAAACCACAAAUUGUCGACUUGGAAGCAACUCUCCUAGGAUCAACCCAAACUCCAAUAGCGGAAAAAACUGGAGGAUUCGAGGCCAUAUCAGUUGUGCAACCAUUUGCCCCCCUAACACUGGAACCCGAACCACAACUUCAGGAGGCAUUGAAAAAUAUUCCAUUAGACGAUUUGAAAUCAACAAUGAAUGUUGAAAAAUUCGCGACCGAUAAAGAUGCUCUUGAAAUUUUACCAAAAGUCGAGGAAAUUCCCACUUUAAUUCAGAAUUUUGAUAAAGGAGAAAAAAUCGAAAUUCUUAAAGUCAAAGGCCUAAAAUUGGACAUCAAUUCAGCACAGAAAUUCAUUGCUGGUCAAACAAUUCAAACUCCCACGGGUCCUAUUUUUGUACCGGGACAAACUUUACAAACUCCCAAGGGAGAUGUUUUCGUUCCUGGUUUCACGGUUAAGACACCCGAAGGACCAAUGCUAAUUCCCGGUCAAAUUAUUUCAAUUCCUGAGGAAAGUGGCAAAAUGACUCCAGUCUUUGUUGCAGGUCAAACACUGGCAACAAAGAAUGGAGAACAAUUUGUUCAAGGUCAAACGAUUCACGUAAACGAUUGUGCGAAAUUUGUUCCCGGUCAGACUGUUUUGACAAAAGAAGGUCCAAAAUUCGUCGCAGGUCAAGUAACAACUGAUGGUAAUUUCGUACCUGGUCAGACGAUCUCAAUGUCUCAAGGUACCAAAUUCAUGCCCGGUCAAACAGUCACUGAUCAACAUGGAGAACAACUUUUUGUUCCUGGCCAAAGUGUUCAAAUUCAUGAUUCAUGGGAAUUUGUUCCAGGACAAUGUCUCAAGACACCAACUGGUGAUGAUCAAUUUGUCCCUGGACAAACGAUGUUAACUACAGAAGGUGCCCGUUUUAUUCCAGGUCAAAGUGUUAUUCAAAAAUCAGGAGAAUCUUGUUUUGUUCCUGGUAUUUCAUUGGAAUCAGACGAAGGAUUGAAAUUUAUUCCCGGUACAACGAUGAAUACACCUCAAGGUUUAAAAUUCGUUCAAGGUCAAAUGGUAAAGACAGAGGAGGGAGAAAAAUUUGUUCCUGGCUUAACAACAAUUGGAAAAGAUGGUCUUCAAUUUGCAGCAGCUAAAAACAUCAACGAAGUUGUAUACCUAGAAGCAACUCCAAUGGGACUGGCAAUCGAUCCAAAAACUGCAAAUGCAAUCUCACAUUUUCAGCAACAAGAAAUCUUUGGUCACAUGGUGCAAACAGAAAAAGGCGUUGAAUUUAUUCCUGAGAGUGCACAAAAGUUUCCCAAAGGUGAAAGAAUAGUUCCAGGACAAUUGGUUCGAGGUGGAAAAGAUAGUCCUCGAUUUGUACCUGGAGUAAUGACUGAAGAUGGAUUUCUUCCAGGUCAAAUAGUAAUGACAGAAAAGGGGGAACAAUUUGUUCCAGGACAAGUUGUUGAUACAAGCACUGGACCCAAGUUUGUUCCAGGUCAAAUGGUGGAAACACGAGCGGGUACAAAAUUUGUUCCAGGUCAAACGAUCGAGACAGCAGAAGGUCCGAGAUUUGUUCCAGGUCAAAUAGUCGAAACCAAAGCUGGACCUACGUUUAUUCCUGGACAAGUGAUAUCAAUUGAAGAUGAAGGUUCCAGAUUUGUUCCAGGGCAAGUGGUUGACACUCCCGAUGGACCUAGAUUUGUUCCUGGUCGUGUUGUCGAAUCCAGCGAGCAUGGAGUGAUUUUCGUACCUGGUCAGAUUGUUCAAACUGAAGAAGGACCAAGAUUUGUCGCUCCUGACUUGACAGAUACUCCAGAAGGAGAAUUGGAAUUUUCAGUUCAAGGUUUUGAAGUGACACCGGAGGAGCUCCGUCUAUUGAGACCUCAGCAUUUACACUUCAAUGCCUCAGCACAACACCACGGUGAAUCGUGCAUUGAUUCCCGAAUGCUUCAAGAAUUAUCCAAAGCUGGAAUGUCAGUUGGAAGGAAAAUAUCCACAGAUUUACCAAACGUGGAUGUUGACGUUGAUCCACAGGCAGUUACUCUUGAGCAAGCACUUGUAAUUGCUGAAAAACUCGGACUUCGCGGUAGUUCUGCUGUCAAAAUGGCUCAAGUUGUUUCAACUGUUGCUCAAUUAGCCAAAAAUAUUGUUCAACAACAAAGUCAAAGAGGUAUGAUGAAUGGAGAACAAACUAUUUCCAAACAAUUAGACUUUUCUCAAAAUCUCCAAAAUGGAGAAUCGAGCAAGAAAAUUGUUCAGCAAUGUCAAAAUGGCGAAGUUCGAAAUCAAACUAAACAUAAUUUGCAUAAUGGAAAUCUGCAAAAUGGGGAUUUAUCUAGAAAAGUUGCACAUCAACAAAAUGGACAACAAAACCACCGGUAUUUAGAGUUUGAAGAAACUAAAGUAAAUAAUUUGGUAAAUGGUAAUUCUUUAAUUCUAACGAAUGGAACGUCUGAGGAGGAAAUUAAUGAAGAUGAUUGGUUGCAAGUUACAGUAAAAACAGCCAUUUCGGCGGCAGUUGUCACUCUCACGAAUGAUAAAAUCGAAAACGGUCAAGAUAUAGUUUUAUCAUCGAUCAGUGAGGCUUUUAACGUUCUCCUAAGACAGAAAUCAGUAAACAUGGAUGAAUCAGUAGACGAGGUACUUCGAAUUCUUUUAAUUCCACGAAAUCGUAGCCUUUUGUGUCGACAGGUUCUCACCGAUUUGGCUGAGGCAAAUUACAAUAAAGUGGAUAUUUUAAAAUCCACAUUAAUGAAUUGUUCAAUGAAGGAUGAGGUUGUUCUUGAAAAACUCUUUCAAGUUUUAGAAGAAGAGCAUGGCAGUGAUAUUGUUGGUUCUGCUUUUCGAGCAAUGUCAAAGGGAGAUCCGGAUUUACUUUCCCGGGUUUUGAAGAAGGUAUCAGAGGAAGUAGCGAGUGUUGAAACGGAAAAAGAAGCUGCAGAAACGGUACAUAAAGCGAUUGUACAAGCAGUUAGAGAAUCAAGUGAACUUCGAGUAAAGGAAUUGUUGAAUGACGAAGGUACAAAAGUUAAGGAAAUGCUUCUUCAGGCUGUGGGUUUGGCUAGAGCUUUGGGAAUGACAUCAACGGCAAGUAGCCUUUUGGCAGUUCUCAGCGAUGAGAAAUCAACGAGAGUUUUAGCAGGCGACAAAGUGACACUAGACAUUCUUAAGAGAUUAACAGUGAUGAGAAAAUUAGCAGAGGAACGACCACAAUUUAUAUCGGCACUCGGUGAUCUUUGCAGUGAUCCAGAAUUAGCGAGAUCGGAUCCAGUUUUAAGGACAUUGGUCCGCGAGAGUGCUGCUUUGAUGAUAGUUCCCGAGGAAGGUCCACUGCAGUCAUCUAUUGAUGUUCCAACAUCUUUAUUACAUGCUGAGAAUAGUCUCGCUAUUGAGGAGUUUCUGAUGAGAAGGAGUCAUAGGCCAUCGUCAAUAUUUAUGAUUUUAAAGCAAGGAUUUCAGUGUGUUGUACCAAGGGAAGCUGCGAGAAGUGUAUUAACCGGAGAAGUUGCCUAUACAGUUUUAGAUGAAGAUGGAAUUCAUCAUUUUGAACCGCUUAAUGUAUUUUCAGCAUUGAGAAUGAAUAAACCAGCUGCUCAUCGAUUUUCAAUGUAUUGUUGUCCUGUCGCUAGAGAAGAGGAUAUUGAUACUGAGAUGCUAUCUACUUUCAAUGGACCAAUUCCUAUAACGAAUACUAGUAGUUUCGAUGAAUCAAUACUCGAAAAUUUUGAGAGGCUGGAAAGCAUCGGCGUUACUUUGUCUAAGUCUGACAAAUCCGUUGGAUGCGUUGACAGCCGGGAAAAUACACCCAGCUUCCGGAAGAUUUGUAAUAUCUAUCGCGAGAGUAGUAGCGAGAGGAAAUCAGAAAACUACGUGGUCGUUAAGGAGUUCGCUGAGGGCAACUUUUCAGUGGAUGUCGGUGAAAUCGUCGAAGCCGUCGAAUAUGGGGAUUCAAAGAAAUUGAAACUAGAUCCUGAAUUAGAAGUCGGUGAAGUCAGUGAUCGAUUGGAUAGUUCGGCUGCCAAACAUAAAUUGUCUGUAAGACCGCGAAAAAAAUAUGCCGAUCCUCGAGCACGUAAUAUUUCAAGAUCAAGUUCAGACUCCGAUAUCAACAGAGUUUAUGUAAGAACAUCAAAGGGAAAAGAAGGAUGGCUACCCACGUCUAUUGUCAUGCAAACAUUGUUGAGCGACGAAAGUUCAGCAUUUUCGAGUUCUCAUCGACGAGAAGACUCUACAUAUCGAAGAGAGGCAGUGAUAAAGGAAUUGGUUGAGACGGAAGAAGAAUUUGGAAGAGAUCUUCAACAAGUCGUAGAAAGAUAUUUGAAACCUCUCGACAAUCCGGGAGUGCCUCGUGUUGUUAGAGACAACAAGGAAAUCAUUUUCACAAAUUUGAAACAAAUCGCUGAAUUUCAUAAUACAUCGUUCGGCAGGGUGUUGAUCGAGGGUGUCAAAUACUAUGCGGAUCAGCCACGAAUGCUUGGAAAAACUUUUCUCCGACUGGAAAGAGAUUUCGACAAACACGUGGCCUAUUGCAGAGACGAGCCAGCCGCUCAAGAGUUUCUUCAAAUGAACGACGGAGUUCGAGAAUAUUUCGAGGAGCUGAGCCAGACUCUCGGAGACGACAAAAGAUUAUCGGAACACCUGAAACUUCCGAUACAACGUAUAAACGACUACCAACUCCUCUUGAAGGAGUUGGUGAAGUAUUCGACCCGGCUAGGAGAAAAUUGCGACGACCUCCAAAACGCUUUGGAGUUGAUGCUAGGAAUUCCUCAUCGAGCAACUGAUAAUAAAUUCAUCAGUAACAUCGAAGGAUACAAAGGGAAUAUUCACAAACUUGGAAGAUUACUUACUCACGAAUGGUACACAGUUAUCGACAAAGACGGGAAAAGCAAGGAACGAUAUUUAUUUUUGUUUAAAGCCAGAAUUCUAGUUUGCAAAGUCAGACGUAUUUCUGAAGAUCGUUCAGUUUUUGUUCUCAAGGACAUAAUUCGAAUUCCAGAAGUGGAAGUUAAAGAUCAUCCAGAAGAGGCAAGAUCAUUUGAAUUACAUCAACCAGGUGCUGCAGGAUAUCCAAUAACUCUCGUGGCCCACAAGGAUCCAGUUAAGGAAUAUUGGCUUAAAGAAAUCAGACAAUAUACCAGCGACGUUGUCGCUCUUGCGGAACACGCCGCCGAUGAUUUACAAGUAACUGACGAACCGGAAAUUUCCAGUCCUAAAGCUGAGCCAAUCAAUAUUCAACCACCAACAUCCGAUAAAACAUCUGAUUCAAAAUUACCCGAGAAACGAAAAGAAGAAUCAAUCACUACUAAGGAUAUAGAAUCGAAAAAGGCAAAAGUCGAAGAAACCCAAGAUAUGUCCGGAAGAUAUUCCUCGAGUAGAUACAGCGCUUCCUCAAAAGUUGUCGAGGAAUACUCGUCAGUAUCGAGCAGCAAAAAUGGAACAACAACUCAUAUAGAAUCGUCAGCAUCGCUAACGUCAAGUGGAAGAAGAGCUUCUUCCUCUCUUCAUGGAAACGAUCAUGUAUCGGAGAGUUCAAGUUCUUAUCAAACAGUAAUUGGUGGUUCAAAUGUGGAUUCUGAAAUGAGAACAGCGAGAGUGGCAUUGUCAGCCACUGAAUCUGGAAAACCAAAAUUUUCAAAAACAAUCGAAGGAUGCGAAGCUCAAUCGACGCAAUCAAAAAUGGCUUUGAUACACGUGAUAGCUGGAGAAAGUGCCACUUUCGAGUGUGUUCUUGAAUCAAUUUUCGCUCAAACAAAAAUGCAAUGGCUCAAAGACAACAGACCAUUCAAUGAUAAAUUAGCAGAUCGUGUGAAAAUUUCACGAGGUGAUUCAAGCUUCAAACUUGAAAUCAAUAAUGUUUUGGAAUCGGAUUCGGGAAUUUACACUGCACGAGCAGUAAGUGGAGACAGCAAAGCUUCCUGUACCGCCCAAUUAGUUGUCACCGAUUUAACACCUGAAGAACGAAAAGCUCGAUUAGAUGGAAAUAAACCGGAUUUCCUGGUUCGUCUCAAGGAUACUGAACUUUUGGAAAACACAUAUCUUCGUUUUAUGAUCAAAGUCAAAGGAGAUCCUAAUCCUGAACUUAAAUUCUAUAAAGAUGGCGUUCUCAUUGACUCAAAGAACGAGAGAAUGAAAAUUAUUACGGAAAAAUCAGACAAAGGUUUCUAUGAAUUAGUAAUUCCCGAUGUUUUAAAAGAAGACGCUGGUAAAUAUUCGUGUACAGCAACAAAUAGCCAUGGAGAGGCAUCAUGUGAAGCUGUUGUAACAGUAACAGAUGAUAAAGUAAUUUUUGCCGGUUUACCUGAGGGUCUUCUUGAACCUGGUGAAAUUCCAAAAUUCAAAUGGUCUCGAGAUGGAGUACCCUUUGAUCCAGAGGAGAGAUUUAAAGUUUUAUUCAAAGACGAAGAAGAUACAUUGGCAUUAGUUUUUCAACAUGUUAAGCCGGAAGACGCGGGUUUAUAUACCUGUGUUGCACAAACAAGUACUGGUAAUAUUAGCUGUAGCGCCGAACUCACUGUUCAAGGAACAGUGAGACAAUUAUUGAAAGAACCAGCAAAACCUGCACUACAAUCGGAAUCAAGACAUUCUGAAGUUAGCGUUGGUGGUUCAGCAAUGUUAGACCUUCAGGUGAAAGGCUAUCCAAAACCGGAUAUCAAAUGGACAAAAGAUGGAAAGGAAAUAAUUGCCGGAGGAAGGAUAAAAUAUUUAUGGGAAGAUGAGGAAUCCCUAUCGUUGGUGAUAAAAAAUGUAACAGUUCAAGACGCCGGUACUUAUGUGAUUAAAGCGAAAAAUGAACUCGGUGAAGAUAGUACACAAAUUGAAUUGAUCGUCAAAUCAGCUCCAAAAAUAACGAAAAAAAUGGACGAUCUCUUGGGACAGGUUGAAGAAACAUUGUACAUGAGUGUACAAAUACAAGCAUCACCAGCACCGGAAGUUAAAUGGUUUAAAGAUGGUCAGCAAAUUGAAGAAUCUGAACGUAUUUCAUUUAGAAAAGAAGAGGAUAAUAUGUAUAUUCUUGUCAUUAAAGAUGCAACACUCGAUGAUUCGGGUUCUUAUUCUGUAUCAGCGAAAAAUGAAGUUAAUCAAACGUCAGAAUUUUGGAAUGUCUCAGUGAGAUAUCCUCCGAAAAUAACGAAAAAAUUAAUGGAACCACAAAUAAUUGACGAGGGUGAUAGUUUAACGCUUUUAAUUGAAGUUGAAGCGGAACCUAAACCAACUGUCACUUGGUUAAGAAACGAGGAAAUUGUCAUUUCCGACGAGAGAGUGAAAAUUGUCCAAGAUGGUAAGAGGCACAUGUUGAAAAUCACCGGAGCUUGUCAUAUUGACGCCGCUACUUAUAGAGUCGAGGUUGCAAACAAAGAUGGAAAGAGUGUCGACUCUACGAACAUAAAAGUGCGUUGUGCCCCAGUAUUUAGAACAAAACUAGAAGACGUGAUAGCAAAAGAAAAUGAAGAGAAUCUUGUACUAAAAGUAAAAGUUGAUAGUAUUGAAGAGCCAACAGUUCAAUGGUUCCUUAAAAAUACAGCCAUAACAGAGGAGAAAAAAGAUUAUCGAAUAAUGGAGGAUACUGAAAAUAUGGUCUACAGACUUGUGAUUAGUCAAGUAAAACCGGAAUUGGCUGGCAAAUAUAUUUGCAAAAUAAAAAAUCAAUACGGUGAAAAUAAAUGCGAAGCCAAUUUAACAGUUUAUACAAGACCAAAAAUUAAUAAGAAAUUAGUUGAUCAAAAAGUUAAUGAAGGCGAUACAUUGAGUUUGAAGGUGGAAAUAUCAGGUACACCAGAACCGGAAGUAAAAUGGUUUAAGGAUGGUAAACAAGUUGAUGCUUCAGCCGAUGCUAGAAUUAAAAUUUCACGUGAUACGAAACGAAAAGAAAAUUAUGAUUUGACAUUAACACUUGUCAAAGGUUCCGAUGGCGGUGUUUAUGAAGUGAAAGCUGUCAACGAAUUGGGACAAGUCAGCUGCAAGAGCAAAGUCAUAAUUUUAACAAAAACGGAGGAAAUUGUCGAGAAAAUGAAAGAAACUGCCGAAGAAGUGAAAGAAGAGGAUGUUUCAGCAAAACCUCAAGAGGCUGAGGAAUCGGGACCUGAAGGUCGAGUCAAGUUGGAAAAACAAAAGGUCGAGGUAAUUCGUGGCGCAGGUGACAAGAUUACAAUCUCAGUAGCCUCAACAACAACACACGAGGCUAUUUUGACAGGUCCUGAUGAGAGACACACAAUUCAUAAAAUGACAUCAACCAAAGUUGAAUGUCAAGAGAUGCAUUCAGAAGGUCCUCACGUUGAAGAAAUUGCCUCUUACAGUUAUACAAUUCAUCAGGAGGAUGGGACAAAGGCACAAAAUGGCGUUCUUAUUGAAGAAUAUUCUGAAGGUGAAGAUAAUAAAACAAAACUCCAAGUGAAUAGAGGAGUUUCAAUUGUAUCAGUUUCUGAUGAUGAAUCAACAAUGAAGGCAAUUUCACGAGACGUCAGUACAGAUGACAUUCACGCUGAACUAAUAGACGAUCAUAAAUUAAUCACCAAUGGAUCAAUAGAAGAAAUUUAUAAUUAUAAUAAUUCAAAAAUCGAAGAAAAAUCCUAUGAUGAUCGUAAAUCACAAAGAGGUCAUCUCCUAACAGAAACAAUAAUUGAAGAACGAUCAAUCGAUGAAUCUCUUGCUGAAACUCCUCAAUUGAUGAAAAAUUCAUUACCUAAAGCUGAAACGGCAAUAUUAGAUAAGGGAAAAAUCACCAAAGAAAGAAGUAUCUCUGUUGAGAGUUCUCAUUCUAGGAAAAAUUCUAUAAAAACUGAAAUUUUGGAAUCUUCCGAAACACCACUUAUUGAAGAGAGUAUUGUUUCAAAGGAAAAAUCCGUUAAAGUUGAAACAAAAUACAGUCGUCAGAGUUCAAUUCAAAAAGAUUCUCUACAAGAACCACAAACACCAAUUAUCGAAGAAAGUAUAAUUUCAAAUGAAAAAUCAGUUAAAGUCAAAACUUUAAGUCGGGAAAAUUCAACAAAAUCAGAGACAACAAAUUCUCAAUCGCCAAUUAUUGAAGAAAGUAUUAUAUCAAAGGAGAAAUCAGUGAAAAUGAAAACGCAAUAUAGUCGAGAAAAUUCAAUAAAAUCUGAAACAUCACAAACAGCAUUGAUUGAAGAUGGAAAAUAUUCCCGACAAAGUUCGGUAAAAGUUGAAAAUAAACUAUCUAGGGAGAAUUCAUCACAAAUAAAUGAUCAACCUGAACCACAGACUCCAUCUGUUGAUGAGAGUAAACUUUCUCGACAAUCAUCAAAACUCGAGAGAUUCAAUUCGACGGAAUCGAAAAAAUCGACGAAGGAAUUAUUAUCAAGGGAAAAUUCACAAAAAGGAGUGAUGAAUGGAAACGAAGAAGAGGUUGACGAAGAAAUGGAAAAAUUGUUCGAACGAAUUAAAAGACAACGAAGUGUUUUAGAUGAAAUUCUUGAUCAAACUGGUGAUAAGGAGAAAUCAGCUUCUCCGAAUAUCAUCAGUUCAACAUUGGAAGAUAAGGAAGUUUUCGAAACUCAGAAUCUUAGUUUUGAAAUUAAAGCAACCGCACUGCCAAGACCGGAAGCUAAAUGGUUUAAGGAUGCAGAACCAUUGAAAACAUCUGAUAGAAUUAAAUACUCAAAUGUUGGCGAGAUGUUUCAGUUGACGAUUAAAAAAGCCGAACUUGAAGACGCUGGUUGUUAUUCUUGUGUUUUUACCAAUAAAUUGGGUGAAAAAACUGUCGAUGGAGUUUUAUUGGUUCUACCAGUUGAGGAACUUCGAAAACCACGUUUUGUUCGUCCUUUGGGCGAUGUUGAUGUUGCUCAACAUACAACUGGAACAUUUAAAGCAGUGGUUACCGCCGAACCUGUUCCCGUUGCAACAUGGUAUCACUUGGGAGAAGAAAUUCCUGUUGAUGAGGAAAGAUACGAAGCAACAGUUCGCAGUGAACCUGUUGAAGAUGGAUUGAAAGAAUGUACAUUUACACUUAAAAUGGAUAAUUGUGAUGUUGAUGAUGUGGGAAAAUAUUCCAUAAAAGUUAAGAACAAAAAUGGCGAAGCCGAAUCAAGCGCCGAUCUAGAUCUUCUUAUACGGCCAAUAAUCGAGGAAUUCAAAGACAUAAAUCCUCCAGUUGGCGAAAGAGGUGAAUGGGAAAUAAUCAUCAAGGCAAAUCCAAAACCAGAUGUCUAUUGGGUAAGAAACGAUAAAGAUUUGGGAGAAGAUGAUCGUUUCGAUUUCGACGAGGAUCACAAGAAAAAAAGCUAUAAACUUAUUAUUAAACAAGUUGAUAUGGACGAUGCUGGUCCCUAUAAAGUUGUUGCCAUCAAUGAAUUCGGUGAAGCAACAGCAGUCGCUGAUUUAACGCCCUACACCGAAGCGCCAAUUUUCACAAAAGAACUGAAAAAAGAAUCAGUUAGGGAUCAAAAUAAUCACGAAGCUGAAAUCCGAGUGACUGGUUAUCCGCGUCCAGAGGUCCAAUGGCUCAAGGAUGGUGUGGAAAUAGAAAAUGAUGAACGACACAAAAUUACAACAAGUGUGAAUGGAAAUGAAGUGAUAAGUGUUUAUUCAAUUGAUAAAUUCUCCGAAAGUGAUGCUGGACAAAUAACAGUAAAUGCGACAAGUUUCGUUGGAACAAGUCAAACAACAGCGGAACUUGCUCUAACGAGAUUCCCACCCAAAUUCUUUGCAACAUUACCAAAAUCCCUGAAUAUCGAUGAAGGAAAACCACUAGAAUUAUCAAUUAAUGUCGAUGGAAGUCCAAUACCAAUUGUUAAAUGGUAUAAAGAUGGCGAAGAAAUUAAACCCAAUGAUCAUAUUAAAUUAAAUAAACUUCCAGAUGGUACAAUGAAACUUUCAAUUGAUCGAGUCAUUCCCACUGAUUGUGGUGCCUAUAAAGUUGUUAGUAAAAAUUCCGGAGGUGAAGAAACGUCUCUUUGUGCCGUUGCUAUAAAACCCAAAGCCCGAAAGCCAUCAUUCUCGAAAAAUUUAGAAGAUGCAAAAGCAUUGGUUGGUGAACCUUUAAAAUUAGAAGCACGAGUGGAUGCUUUCCCGAAUCCACAAUUACAAUGGCUUAAAGAUGGUUUUCCUAUUCGACCUUCGAAAGAAAUAAAUUUCGUUAAUGAACCAAAUGGUCUUAUUGGUUUAACAAUUGAUAAAUUACGUCCCGAAGAUGCUGGCGUAUAUUCUUUGGUUGUUACCAACGAACUUGGAGAAAUUACCGGUACUGCCAAUGUUCAAGUUGAAGAAUUGGAGAAAAAACCAGAAUUCAUGGGAACUAUACAACCAAUAACAGUUGUCGAAGGUUUCCCCGCGAAAAUGGAAGUAAAAACAAUUGGAAAACCAUCUCCGAAAAUCAAAUGGACUCACAAUGGAAAAGAGAUUGUUCCCGACGGACAACAUAUAAAAAUAAUCGAUCAACCGGAUGGAAGUCAAGCUUUAUUAAUUGGCGAAGCGAGAGCACAAGACGCUGGUGUUUACGAAGCAGUUGCCAGUAAUUCUCAAGGUGAAAUUUCAUGCAAAGGUAAUCUUGAAGUUGCUACCAAGAGCGAUAAUACAGCACCUGAGGAGAAACCAACAUUUAUGAGUCCAAUUCGUGAUCAAUCAGCAGAAGAGGGUGAACAAAUAAAAUUCAGUGCACCAUUUACUGGUAAUCCAAUACCGGAAGUAACAUGGACUAAAGAUGGUAAAUUAUUGAAACCAUCGGAUAGAAUAAUGAUGACGUGUGAUGGUAAAAAAGUAGGACUCGAAAUAAAUCCAAUUGAACAUAAAGACGCCGGUGUUUAUGGAUGUAUUUUAAAAAAUCCACACGGUGAAGAUACAACAAAAGCUGAGGCAACAGUAAGAAAAGUUUAUCAACCACCGACAUUUGCUCAAAAAUUCACUGACUUUCAACAAAUGCCAAAUCUUGAUGCUAAAUUUCCCGUUAGAGUAUUUGGAAUUCCACAACCGGAAAUUAAUUGGUAUUUUAAUGAUACACCGAUUUCGAGAGAUAGUAAUAAAUAUAAAAUAAGAAGAGAUGGAGACGCUUGCUGUUUGUAUGUUAAAGAUUGUCAAUCAUACGAUGCUGGAAGAUAUAAAUGUAAAGCAGUCAAUAAAGAAGGAGAGGCUGAAUGUGCUGCAAACUUUUCCAUUGUCGAUAAAAUUGACAAGAAACAGAAAGUGGAGCCUCCGUCAUUUUUGAAACGAUUGGGAGAUUGUGAAGUAUAUAAAGGAAUGACUGCAAAAUUCACAGCCUGUGUGACUGGAUACCCAGAACCGGAAUUUGAAUGGUUUCAUGAAGGUGGAAAACUUUGGCCUACUGAUCGCAUUAUAAUGGAUCAAGAAGGAAGUCUUUUGAGAUUGACUCUUUAUCAUAUUGAUGAUAGCGAUGCAGGAAAGUAUAGUUUAAGGAUUUUUAAUCCCCAUGGCGAGGAUACAUGCCACGCUGAAAUGAUUUACGAAUCCCUGGAGCCAAGAGUGAAGAAACCAUUAGCGGAUCAGUAUAUUGAUUACGAUAAACGAAGAUCAGGAUUACCGUUACCUCUAUCGGACAGACCUAUAAUUAGUAGAAUGAUGGAUCGUCACUUGACGCUUUCUUGGAAACCAUCAAUACCAAUUGGACCCAGAAUACCAGUAACUUAUCUCGUUGAAAUGUGUGAAUUACCGGACGGUGAUUGGUUUACAGCACGAUCGGGUCUACGAACAUGUGUUUGUGACAUUAGAAAUUUGGAACCAUUUCGUGAUUAUAAAUUUAGAAUUCGUGUUGAGAAUAAAUAUGGAAUAAGUGAUCCAUCGCCAUUUGCACAAACAUAUCGUGCUAAAUUAGAACCGGAACCACCGAAAUUCUUUCCUUAUUUACCACCGGGUAUUGAUUUUAGACCAGAGACAAGUCCCUAUUUUCCCAAAGAUUUUGAUAUUGAAAGACCACCACAUGAUGGUUAUGCACAAGCACCGAGAUUCUUGAGACAGGAACACGAUGCUCAAUAUGGAGUGAAGAAUCAUAAUUGUAAUCUCUUUUGGUUUGUCUAUGGUUAUCCGAAACCAAAAAUGUCUUAUUAUUUUAAUGAUGAGCUUAUUGAAUCAGGAGGAAGAUAUGAUCAAAGUUAUACCAGAAAUGGACAAGCGACGCUCUUUAUUAACAGAAUGUUGGAAAGGGAUGUGGGUAUUUAUGAAGCUGUUGCCACGAAUGAACAUGGACAAGCGAGACAAAGAGUACGAUUGGAAAUUGCCGAAUAUCCGCAAUUUAUUCACAGACCCGACGAGACAGUGAUUAUGUUGAGGAAACACGGUAGAAUUGAAGCACGAGUCAUUGGUGUACCGUAUCCGGAAUUAAAAUGGUACAAAGAUUGGAAACCUCUUGCACCGUCAACUCGUAUCAAGAUUCAAUUUGUCGAACCAGACACUUCAAUUCUUGUGAUUGACGAUGCAAUUCAUAAGGACGAGGGUCUUUAUUCGUUAAGCGCGAGAAAUGUCGCCGGUUGUAUAUCAAGUUCGGCAAUGAUUCAUAUUGAAGAAAAUGAACACGAAUAUGGUUACAGAACUUACACGAGAAAACCAGAUAUUAAACCUCGAAAUAAACCAUUUGCGGAUUAUUAUGAUAUUGGUGAUGAGUUGGGAAGAGGAACAACAGGUGUGAUUUAUCAUACAGUCGAGAGACCAACUGGAAAGAGUUUUGCAGCUAAAGUCAUGCAUGGUGGUGGUGAAUUGAGACCAUUUAUGUAUAAUGAAAUGGAUGUUAUGAAUAAUUUCAGUCAUCGUAAACUUCUUCGUUUACACGACGCUUAUGAAACCGAUCGAACAGUGAUCAUCGUUACAGAAUUAGCUGGAGGAGGCGAAUUAGUUGACAAUUUAACGAGGCAAUCGUAUUACACUGAAAGUGAUAUUGCCGGAUACAUAAGACAAAUGCUUUGGGGAUUGGAAUAUAUGCACAAUAAUAGUUACGCUCAUCUCGGUUUGACACUUGGAGAUCUUCUCAUUUCACAUACAGGAGGUGAUGAUUUAAAAAUUGGUGAUUUUGGUCUAUCAAGAAGAAUUGGACAUCAAUUAAUGAAUUUACAUUAUGGAAUGCCAGAAUAUGUUGCACCGGAAAUUAUCAAUGGCGAGGGUGUCACAUAUCGUACGGAUAUGUGGUCUGUGGGAAUAAUUACUUACAUUUUACUCUCAGGAAUAUCACCAUUUAGAGGUUUAAAUGACAGGGAAACAUUGACAAAAAUUAAAGAAGGUAAAUGGGAUUUCGAUGAAAGAUGGACAUAUAUUUCUGAAGAAGGCAAAGAUUUUAUUCGAAGUCUUCUUGUUUAUCAAUGGGAGAGAAGAAUUGACGUUUAUACUGCACUCAGACAUCCAUGGUUGACUUUAGCCGAUAGAACAAUUUCCGAUCCAUAUAAAAUACCGUCGGAGAAUUUGAAGAAUUAUUAUAAACUUUAUAAGGAUUGGUACACUAACGCCUCAUGCAGAACAUGGUACAGAAGAAGAAAACUUAGCAGUGCUUUUGAACAUCCUUCGAAAAUGGUUUAUCCACCUGGACAUAGAUAUACGCCGGAACCAAGUCCAGAAAGAACUUAUAGUCCCACCAAGAGACCUCCUCCGAAAGCUUGGGAAAAUAGAAUCCCAUCGAGAGAGCCAAUCGACACGGAAAUUGGACUUAUCAAAAAUGAAAGCCAUUAUCAAAACGGUCCAGACACUUAUUUGCUACAACUUCGAGAUACUGAUUUCCCUGUGAGAUUACGUGAAUACAUGAAAGUCGCUUAUAAUCGCGGAUCAGGAUAUCCUAGACCAGUUGAUGAUCCCUACGAUUGGAGAACACCAGUAAUAAGAGAACGACGACGAUUCACUGAUGUAAUGGACGAAGAGAUAGACGAUGAGAGAAAAGCAAGAAUCAAUCAAUAUGGUAAUGUUGAUACAGGUACAUUGAGACGUCUUCGUCAUGAAAUUGGAAUUCGACUCGAUAGCUACGCGGAGGCGGAGGCAUUAAUGGAAUCAAAGAAGGGAGGACAUAUGCCAUUUUUCCGAGAAAAACCCCAAAUUCUACCAAUUCAAGAAGACAAAACAGCACAAUUGGCAUGUCUCGCUGUGGGAAAUCCAAAACCCAUUAUUCAAUGGUUCAAAAACGAUAUGGUUGUUCAAGAGAGUAAUCGUGUUAAAAUCACUGAAGACAAUGAGGGUCGUUCUAUUUUGAGUUUUGAGCCAGCUCGCGAAUAUGAUAUUGGAAUUUAUAAAGUUGUCGCAAGAAACAAAAUAGGACAAACUGUCGCUAGAGCACGCGUUUUACUCGCUACUGUUCCAUCAGCUCCUGAUUCACCUCAGGAAUCUGAUGCAUCAGACACUGAGAUUCUAUUACGUUGGAAACAGCCAAAAUACGACGGAAAUUCACCAGUACUGUGUUACAAUCUCCAAUACAAAGAAGGCGAUUCAACUGAUUGGAUCGAUUUGGGAAGUAAUAUUGAUCAUGAAUUUUAUUUGGUACGCGAUUUAAAACCAAAUACAAGCUAUGAUUUCCGUUUAGCUGCACGAAAUCGCAUUGGAUGGAGUGACAAAGGAAUACCAGCACACGUAAUAAAGACACGUGAAAAAAAUGUACCCAAAGUUCAAGUAACAAGAGCAAUGAAACAUCUUCAACAAUUAACAGAAUCGGGACAAGAAAUUAUUGAAGAUGAAAAUAAUCCACAUUUUGAUUAUACAAUCGAGGAUAAUCCAAUAACAUGGUCGACAGAAGGUCAACUAACAAGUAAAUAUAGUUUUAUUUCCGAAUUAUCACGAGGUCAAUUUUCAGUUGUUGUCAAGGGAGUUGAUAAAGCAACAGAUAAAGUGAUAGUUGGGAAAAUAUUGGAACUUGGCGGCGAAACGGAGGAACAAGUUAAUGCUGAAUACGAAGUGUUACGAUCAUUGAGACAUGAAAAAAUUGCAUUACUAUUGUCAGCAUACAAAGCGCCGGGUUCACCAUUAGCUGUGUUUAUUUUGGAAAAAUUGCAAGGUGCCGAUGUACUAACUUAUUUAUCAAGUCGACAUGAAUACACGGAGAAUUGUGUAGCGACAAUUAUUUCACAAAUUUUGGAUGCUCUUCAAUAUUUACACUGGAGGGGUUAUUGUCACAUGGAUUUACAACCGGACAAUGUUGUAAUGGCAUCGGUGAGAUCGGUUCAAAUUAAAUUAGUUGAUAUGGGUUCAGCACAGAAAGUCACAAAAAUGGGAGCUCUUGUUCCACAAGUGGGUCAUCCGGAAUAUAGAGCUCCCGAGGUUCUUAAUGAAGAGGCAGCUUUUCCACAAACUGAUAUUUGGACAGUUGGAGUAUUAAUGUAUGUCCUAUUCUCAGGAGUUUCUCCAUUUAGAGGCGAAGAUGCAAAUGAAACAAGACAAAAUAUUUCUUUCGUUAGAUUUAGAUUUGAAUAUUUAUUCAAAGAAUUAAGUCAAGAGGCAACGAGAUUCUUAAUGCUUGUAUUCAAACGAAUGCCAAGUAAACGACCAACAGCCGAGGAGUGUCACGAACAUAGAUGGUUGGUACCAACAGAAUUUAUGAUCAGAAAACGCGAAAGAGCCGUAUUCCUUGGCAAUAGAUUGAAAAAUUAUUGCGACGAAUAUCAUCAGGAAAAGCAAAAAUUAGCAACACAUAGCGAGAGUUUAUCAGAGGUAUUCGGAUCAACGAGACAAUUAAUAAGAUCAAAUAGCAUACAAGACGAAUUAUUUACCACAUUUUAAAAUCUAGUAUGCGAUUUUCCAAAAAAAAAACAAAAAACAAAUCACGUAUUUAUUUAUUUAUUGAACACUGUUUAUAGUCCACGAGUCUAGUCUAUUGCGAAAGAGAAUGUGUCCCAGAGAAUGAUUGUAAAAGUCAAUUAGAAUGAAUGUAGAAGGCCAAAAAAAAUAUUACUUUUUAAAAGAUCGUGAAUUUUCUUUGAUUUUGUUAUUAUUUAUUUGUUAUCGACUUGCAGUUUGUUUUCAUUUGACUGCAAUUUUACGAAAAGAAAUAACCAAGUAAUAAACAGAAAAACUUAAAAUUUGUUUUUCACUAUUUUAAAAACAAAAAAUCCCAUUUUUUUCCAAAUUCGAUUAUUUAUUUUAAUUAAGAAUUCUUUACACGGAUACAUUAUAAUUAAAUACGUUCUUUAUUUACAAAUUUAAUUUAUCCCUGCCUUCGUGAAAAUGAUAGAGUGCAUAAUUUACUUUCUGGACAUUUAAAAUGUACUAGUUUUUAAAGAAUCAAUACUUCAUACGUUUUAAUGAAGAAAAUACGUAUAAAAUAUAUAUACGUAAUUUUACGCAUGUAUCCUUCACAUAAAAAGGCAUUAACGGUGCAAAAAAAAAAAGUUUUGGCAGAAAUAGUAAUUUCCGGAAGAGAGAAAAAAAAUUCAAUACGUUAAUAAAUGUACAAUUCUUUCAACACAA